UUGUCAAAUAGUUUUGAAUGCUUCCAGGAUGAAUUAUUGCGGAAGAACCACGACAGGUCAAAGUUGAAGUCCCGUUUGAACGAGAAGGUCGACGAACUGGAGAAAAAGGCUGAAGAAGUCUCCGCACUUUCCAUUCGACUAGAAACCCUUCAAGAAGAAUAUUCAAAAUUAACGAGGGAGUAUGAAAGGACGAAGGCUGAGCUCGAGCAUCGGGAAGCAGCUUCUCGACGAGUGGAACUUUACUCAAAAGCAAUUCAAGUUCAAACUGCGAACAAGGCAGUCACUUGGGCGUCUACCCAGUGCACACAGACAUCGGACCAUAAAGUCACUCAAAUAGAGAAAGUAGACAGAGCUGUAGAAGUUCGAGGGGCAACUCGACCAGAACAACCGUCUGAAAUGAAAGUGAUCGUCGCAAUGGAUGACACACUCGUAUUCCAGUUGAGGGAAACCAAGAAAAACAUGGAGAAGAUGGGUAUUCGAUUGUUGGAAAUGGAUGAGAAGCUGGCUAACUGCGAACGUGAUCGUGACCGUCUCCUCGAUGCGAACAAGAGACUGGUGGAAGGAAUAGAAGACGCAAAUACGCAGCCUGGAGGCAAGCUGUAUACGGUAGUGACAGAAGAAAUACACAUUUAA